AUGCGUGCCUCUGCGCCUGGGAAAGUGCUUAUCGUGGGGGGUUAUCUUAUUGUCCAGUCCCCAAACGUGGGUAUUUCUAUAGGUGUCAACGCUCGCUUUACAACCCAUGUAGUAUCCUUUUCUUCUUCGGUGUCGCCAAACAUCACCACCAUACAUAUUUUUUCACCGCAAUUUAACCAGAACUUUACUUUUACUUGUGUCACAGACAAGAACGUUGUUACAGCAAAGCAAUCGGAAGGCCCCACAUCACACUUCUUAUACUAUGCAGCCCUAUUUGGCGUGGCAGCUGCACGCCUUCUAGGUAGCGAUGCAGGCCAAGAGCUGCACCUAGAGCUGCUCGCUGAUAAUGACUUCUACAGCCAGCGUAAUUACUUAGAGACGCACAACGAGACCGUAAACGUUAGCAAUUUGCGUCAAUUGCCUAAGAAUCUACCUCUGGUUGGUAAGGUUUCUAAGACUGGACUAGGAUCGUCCGCAGCGAUGACAACAAGUAUAAUUGCUUGCCUGUGUAGUCACUUCCAUCAAUCGAACAAUGUGAAGCUGGAGCUUAUUCAUCGCGUCGCGCAGAUUGCACACAGCGUUGCACAGGGGAAAAUCGGCAGCGGCUUUGACGUCUUUACCGCAGUCUAUGGGACUUGCGUGUACCGUCGUUUUCCUGUUCGGUCUGUCGAGGCGCUUGUGAAGAGUGUGGAGUGGCCCGAAAUGGUCUCUGUUUCCGAGUUAUCGCAAUGCAUUGCACUGGAAACUGAGUGGGUUCCAUAUGAGCCCUUUCAUCUGCCCCAGGGUCUGAAACUAGUGCUUGGAGAUGUUCACUUUGGUGGCACCAGCACGCCAGGGAUGGUAGGAAAAGUUAUGACUUGGCUAAAAUCUGUAUCAGAUAUGCCAUCUAAUUUAUGGGAAAAACUUCGGGAAAACAACAAAGCCUACGUCCAACAACUGCGCGCACUCUCUAUGCAAUCCAGUACCUGUUCUAUGGAACAUCAGGUUGCUCUCAGUGUUUUGCAGUGCGUUCGUAUGGCUGAAUACAAACCUACAAACGAAGCAGAGGAAAGAAUUAUAAGCGCAUUCAAGCUGGCUGCUGCAAAUCGUCUCUAUUUACGUGAGAUGGGCAUCGCGGCCGGAGUUAAGAUCGAACCUGAAGAAAUGACUGAGCUGCUGAAUGAUACAGCUUCACUCCCUGGUGUUUUCGCAGUUGGCUGCCCUGGUGCAGGUGGAUACGAUGCAGUUUUUGCGCUCGUUAUUGGAGAUGCUAACUGUUCUGUCGUCGAACAGUUCUGGGAGAGCUACACAAAAUUGAAUGUAUGCCCCCUUCUGGUUCGGGAAGACUGUGGUGGCCUAUUGAUCGAGACCGUUUAA